GCGCGCCACACCAGAGCCCGCAGGAAACCACGAAUCUGACGAGGUCAACCACAGCAGGAUAUCAUCUCUGUCAUCCUUCCUGUUUUGAUCAUCCUCUUCUUCCUCCAGAUUCCCAUCGCCGACUAGAUCCUGCGCUUUGACCUUCACAGCGACUGGCACAUCACACCUGUCGACACGCUCCAGAAGCCCCAAAACCAUCCUCCUUCAUCAAUACUAAGACUACUUCUCGCUCUCUUGAGUCACGACAUCCCCAAGAACAUGGCUAUCAAAAUACCGCUCUCGACACGCCCACAGGAUCGGUUCCCCGGCCUGCAAAUCCGACUAGCCGAGCCAGCCGACUUUCCCCGCAUGGCUCGCAUGGCCAACGAGGUCUUUCAGCAGGAACGAGACAUUGAAUACUUCACCGAGCACCGGCGCGUCAAAGUGGGGGACGAGCGCGAAGUUGAAGCCGCCAAUGGGAUGCUCGCGGUAGACGCGGAUUGGAGGCUCACUCAGCUACGCCUCAACCACGAGAAGCCCGGCCGCCAUUUCAUCCUUGCUACCUACUUCAAAAACUCCCAAAGAUACUUGCUGAGCGCGACGCGCCGGAGGGAGGAGAUCCUUGGAUGGGCCGAGUGGCAGGAGCCUCCCGCGCUGGGAAACAGCAGCCCUAAUACUUCCGGCUCCGACCACGUCGACGGCCGAGAUGGCCCGAACUUGACAGAAAUCGGUGGUUCUUUUCUUGGCCAGCUUGAAUCUAUCGUCAAAGACCUCACGUUCAGACAGCAGGUACUGCGACUGUUGGUUCCGCCCAAUGGCCUUACGGUGUAUCUGCAGGACGCGCUGGAGUCUUUCCGGCGCGCCAGCGCCGACAACCAAACAGAGUGGGACCGCUGGUGCAACGAAAUUAUUCCAACGUGCCUCGGCGUACAUGGCGAUGUCCACAGGAAGCAUCUAGUCCUCCGCUCCCUCGUCGUCAAGGCUGUCCACUGGGACAACGGCAUCGGUCACUACCUCUUGAACUGGGGAAAACGGCGGGCCCAGGCGAACGGUUGGGGCAUACAGACGCUCGCCACGACCAUCAGCGAGUCGACCCUCCAAACCUUCCGCGAGGCCGACUUUAGGGAGCUCGGCCGCAUGAACAUCCUCCGGGACACGCAGAUUGCGCUGAGAUGGGCGGAGAACAAGAAGCAGGAUGUGACGGAACCCCAGAGAACGCGCAAGAGGAAGCUGGAGCCUCCGGAUGUCAGCGUCGGCGAUUGCAAGCGCAUCUGUCGGGCCCCUCCUCGCCACACUUGCACUGGGAAGGUGGAUGAGAAACAUGUUGGCGAGCCCUAGGUCUGCUCGCAGGUGGUGUGAUAUCAUAUCAUGGGAUUGGCUGGUUGUUCAUAGAUCAGGUUGGGUUGAAGGGGAUUGCAGCUAUAAAGCCUUAGAGGGUUGGAUCAUCGAUCACACCGUCACGGCAUGAGCGUGGCUUGGUUCUGUAUUCGAGUUGUAUAUGAUAAUCUUAAGCGAC